AUGUCGGCCACGAGCAACCUCAUCAUCGUCUGCUGCCACGGCAUCUGGACGGGCGGCCCCACCAACGGCGCCGCCGAGUCGGAGUGGCUCAUCGCCGGCUUCCAGGCCGGCGAGACCCCGACGUUCAUCGAGCACAUCAAAGCCGGGCUGGCGGCGCUGCGGGACGACCCGGCUUCCGUGCUGGUGUUUUCGGGGGGACCAACACGUCGGGAAACCCGCCUCUCGGAGGCAGAGAGCUAUGCCAACCUCGCCGUCGCCAACGCCUACUUCGGCAUCCUCCCGUCCUCCCCCGGCGGCGGCAUAGCCGCCUCCUUCGCGUCCCGUAUCCACACAGACGCUCUCGCCUUGGACUCGUACCACAACAUCCUGCACUCCCUUCUCCUCUUUCGCCGCCUCCACGCCUCCUGGCCGCGCACCCUGACGGUGGUCAGCCACGCCUUCAAGAGGCCGCGCAUCGUCGACGGUCACUGCGUCGCUAUCGGAUUCCCGCCUGGGAGGGUGCGAUUCGUCGGCAUCAACCCACCGGGGAUGCGCGACGCUGCCGACACUAGGGGUGCCCAGGGAAACGGGGGCAACGAUGGUGGGGGCUGUAUCAAGACGGGGGCCAUCGAGGGCGUGCAGCGUGCCGUGGACGAGUGGACGCAGGAUCCCCACGGCGUCGGGCCGAGUCUGGCUGGCAAGAGGAGGGCGAGAAAUCCGUGGGGUCUGGAUGAUAGGCUGUUCACAAGCGAGGAGGAGAGAGCGAGGAGCGGUGUUGUCACGAGGGUCGUAGACGGCCACGAGGCGUUGGUCGAAGACGCGAAGAGGCCGUGGGCUUAG